AUGGAAGCCGACGUGCCACCACUAGACAAGAUUCAUCGUCUUAAAAAGGACUACAAGUUUAUCCUAUACUGCGACGAGGCACAUUCGUUAUUGUCCCUUGGUAAGACGGGUCAGGGAUGUCUCGAAUACUGGAACGACAAACACCCACAUAGCCCCUUGCCAUGGAAUUUGAUUGAUAUUCGGACCGGUACACUCUCAAAGGCCGUUGGUGGCAUCGGGGGUGUUAUUGCUGGCAAGGGCGUUUUCGAAGAGACCAUACGGAAAUACAUCAGCAACCUGGACGAGAAAGAAAACGUCUCCUUGCCGAGCUCCACUAUGGUACAGACGCUAUGGCUGCUUGGUCAACCCAGCCGAAUUGACCGCAACCUCCAACGGCUUGCUGAAAUUUCACACUUUUGUCGGGAAGAGCUGGGGCGCUUCGGCAUCUUUGUCUACGGCGACAUUGGCACUCCUGUGCUUCCAGUCUAUGCUGGCAGGCCUAGUGUCGCUGCAAGAUUGUCCUACGCAUUGCGUCGCGGUGGGCUGCUGGCGACUCCUGUAUGCACUCCGGCCGUGCCUUUCUGGGAGAGCAGGGUCCGCAUCAACUUAUCAGCAGACUUCACCGACGACGAUGUGAACCGGCUUGUUGAAACUGUUAUCCGAGCUAGCACCAGCGUGGGCCUUUGCAAGACAGCCGGCAUUGUCAAAACUUUCUCCAAGGCUGAUGUCUGUUCUUUCGCGAGUGAAGCAGACCCCAAUGAAGCAUCAAGGACAUUUGAUCGAAUUCAAAACCUCAUCAGGAUGGAUGCUGCUAGAUGCGCCAACAGCCACCAGCAGCAAUUGUUCAAAAAGACAUGCGGCCCACCAGUAGUCCAAGCCGGACACGUUGCCCGGGCUCAGUAUGGCAUUGGGGCAGGAGGUGCAAGAUGGAUCUGCGGCACAUUCCCGCCACACCUCGAGGUUGAGAGCCUCGUUGCUCGUGCGACAGGUAUGGAAGCUGGGCUGACCUAUGCAGACGCGUCUAUUGGUCUUGCUUCAACGAUCGCAGCCCUUUCACGUCCCUUAUUGGGGCACAGCACGCACUACAUGCUCUUCGAACGAGGUGUGUCCCAAUUUGUCCGUGACGGCCUCAUGAUGGCACCAAAGAAGGACGCACCAGUGCUGCUUGGCUACAUCGACCUUUUUCAACUCGUGCAUCAUGUCAGAAAGCUUGCUCAGAGUCAUGAAAGGCUGUGCCUGACUGUCUACGUCCGCGUUGGAGAGGAUUUGCAGCACAGUUUCUUGUCAUCCACUCUGGAGGGGAUUGCCACCUUAAUGAGCCCCGAGUCCGUCAUGACAAUCUUGCUCCACUGCACCUCUCAGUCCUUGAACUUGAGAGAGCUCAUUUCAGUUCCAAGUCGAGAGAACAUCCAUGUUCUGAUGUCGGGGUCGUUCAAUCGUAUCUUUGGCCUGCCAUCCGGCUUUCUCACCGGCCCAGAGAGUUUGAUCCGAGAACUUCGGUAUACGAGUCGGGCAUACAUGUUUACCACGUCUCAGCCUCCUUUCGUUAUGGACAUGUUGCGCGCCGCACUGCAAUAA